AAAAAAACUGUGGGUGGUGGUGUGGACAUACUUUGCAGCUGGCGACGAUGCAUAUCUUUGAUGUAGUUGUUGUGGGCCAUGUGUAUUCGUAUUAUGUAGUUGACUAUAAGCCAGAUGGGUUUGUUUGUCACUUGCUAAGCUUGUCAACUCUUUGUACCAUGUGAGCUCUAUAGUAACAUCGAGACCACGGUCUGUAACAGGAAUGGAAUAGUUCAGGUGUAGUUUUCUGAAAUUUGAAUAUACCCUCUGUCAUAGUCACGAAUUUCUUAUGUGAAGGCUUCAGCUCGAACUUUAAAUCAUUUGAUGUGUCCAGUCGUAGAAAACGUGAUCGUCACCGUUUAUCACAGCCUUCUUUUUUGCUUGGUGAAAAAACUGAAGAAUUGUGCCUUGCCUUUUGGAGGAAUCAGAGACCCUGUCAAUCAUAAAAGGAAUGUUGUUUCCACAGUGAAUUUGUGCUGCCAGCUAGAUCUCAUGCAGAUAAAUUUUCGGACUCGAAAUUCUGAAUAUAAUCCGCAACGCUUCACAGGAAUAGUUAUGCGGAUUCGUGAGCCUCAUACAACAGCUCUAAUUUUCCGCUCAGGAAAAAUGGUUGUAACCGGUGCUAGAAAUGAGGCUGAUUCACGUCUUGCAGCACGUAAAUUUGCAAGAAUAAUUGAAAAAUUAGGCUUUAAAGUUUCCUUCAAAGAUUUCAAGGUUCAGAAUAUUGUGGCCACAUGUGACUUGAAGUUCCCAAUUCGGGUUGAAAAUUUGAAUCAGAUGCACGGCCAAUUUAGCAGCUAUGAACCUGAGCUGUUUCCUGGACUUGUGUAUCGAAUGGUGAGACCACGUGUUGUACUGCUCAUAUUUGUGAAUGGGAAAGUUGUCUUGACUGGUGCCAAAAGUCGACAAGAUCUUCAGGAUGCUAUGGAGAACAUUUAUCCUAUCCUCAGGAGUUUUAGAAAACAGUAGUUGUGGUUAAUAAUAUUUCAGAGUGAACGACGGUGUUUGAACUCACUGUGCAACUUUGGACCAGGAUGUUGCUCAAUGCCAAGUUUUGUUGCUGUCGUGAUGUGACAGUUCCAAAUGGGCACAAGGAACAAAUUCUCUGUAAAAUAUUAUAGCUCAGUAUUGAAAAGGAUAAGAUUUGAAUGCAUGUGUAAUGCAUUUUUAAUGCUGAUGUCUUUAAAAGACUUUAUUUAUACAUGACCUCAUGUUGAGGUCAUAAAAGAAAUUUAAAUUUGCUACCUGUAAGAUAAAAUAUAUGUAUUUUAUAUGGGUUAUUUAUGCUAUGGCUUCAUUGUGAUGAAGUAUAUUUACUACCUCAUAGUUUUUUUUCUGUUAACAAUUAGUACUUUGUUAACCUUAUAUUUUUAGAUCUUAUGGUAAUAUACAGGGUGUAGAUAAAAACUCUUAAAAAUGUAUCACAGUUUUGAAGCGGAAGUAAAGACAAAUGAUUUGAUGCAGGACAGUUCUACUCUAUCAAGGUGGGAAAUCACCUCAAAUUAGUCUAAAAAAAUUGUAGGGAUUGCACUCCAUGCGAAACUUUGGAAUAUCCUGUCGCACUCUUAGUCAAACAUUUACAAAUUGUAAAAAUGAUGUUUAUGUAAAUUUUCCUUCACAGUUUUGCAAAUGUUAACAGUGUAAAAUUAACAAUUUGAUUUGUUUCUCUGUCUUUGUUACUACAAGACUAAAGUGCAUGUUAAGAUAAGACUGAAUUGUAAAUGUAAUUAAUUUUUGCAUCACAUGUUUAAGUCUUUUUCAUUUCAGUACCCAUUAACUCACCAAUGUUCAUGAAAGCCAGUGGCAUAAAAGGAUGAGAGGAUACUCAACAUCUCAUGCUGUGUGAAUGUGGUGUAGCUUUGGUGGCUUUUGUAGGUUAAUUUGAGGGUGUUUCAUGGCUUAAUAGGUCACAAUGUCUUACAUAAAAUUAUUCAUCACUGCUUCCCCUAUGCCUCUUAAAGUAUGUUGUAAACAUUCAUUGUUUAGAACCUGGAGUUUCUUGUUUCCCAAAUUGUCAAGCAGCUCAUAUUGCCAGAGGUAGUUCCUCACACUACUAGAUUCAGCAUUUCUUUUUAUUCCUUGCAUAUGAUAUAUUAAAUGACUACUCAUUCUAAUAAUUCUAUGAAAAUCAAAUUCUAGUCAGUUUCUGUCUCUCUUGUAGGAUGUGUAUUGGUUUCAUUCUGUCUCAUUUGUUAAUAAAUUUUCUUGCUUAUUGUGUAGAUUGUGUAAAUAUUACUUUUAUUAAUGACAGCCCUUCUGUAUGAAUAAAAGGUUUAAAAAUCUA